AUGUUGUUUUCCAAGGGUUAUGCUGCCAAUAGGUUGGCUCUCCUGGCGAUGGUCUUUAUAACAUCGGUGAAUAGUAGUCCACUUCAGCAUCUGCAGACCCGGGACCCACCGAGAGCGCUUCCCGAGAAAGCUACGGCAGAUGACAAGAAGUGGCAGCCCGCCAUGGAUUUCGAUACGGAUAGCUGCUACAACACUCCUGCUAUAGAUGCUAACGGAAAUAUGGCUCCAGGUCUCGACCAUGACAACACUGGACUCUCAUCCGACUGUCACGACCUGUCAGACUUGCAGAACAACAAUGUUUACUCACGAGCUCGGUGCAACAACGGUUGGUGCGCGUACAUGUACGACUACUAUUUUGAGAAGGACGUGGCGAUCCAAUAUUUCCCCUUCGACCCUGGACACCGCCACGACUGGGAGCACAUAAUUGUAUUCGUGCAAAAUGGUGUUGCCAAAGCAGUGGCUGCUUCGCAGCAUGGGAACUACGAGACUAAGGCGGCCAACGAUGUUCGAUGGGAGGGCAAUCACCCCAAAAUGGUUUACCACAAAGAUGGACUGAGUACACACUGCUUCCGUUUCGCCAACGCCGACGAUGACAAGAUCGAAAACGCGCUUGGGUCCUGGUUCUACGGCGCAUUAAUUUCAUACAACGGUUUUCCGAGCACAGCCCUUCGUGAUAAGCUCAUGUCUUGGGAUUUCGGUGAUGCCAAUGUAGGCAUCAAGGAUAGCAGCUUUGCGAACCAGCUUGAGAAUGCCCGGAAGGAUUUCGUGCCUGGCUUCGAUAGCAGCGUUGUUGACGGCUCGCCCGGCAACCCUUAG